GGAUGCUAUACGGCUCCUACAGGAGCAUAAUGGCUCAAUGAACCAAGCUGGAGAUGAAGGAGAAACUCCCUUUCAUGAGGCCAUUCAAAAGGGGGAUCUGGACAUGAUCAAGUUUAUGAUUGAGGCUGGAUGCAAGCCAGACACUCCUGAUAAGAAUGGCCGUACACCACUCCACAUAGCAGCAGGGAAUGCCAAUGUGGACUUGUGUAGAUACCUGGUGGAUCUGAAAGCAAACAUUGACGCUGGAUACAGAAGUGAUAAUGGCUUAAGAAUGACUGCCCUAGACUGUGCCUGGGACAGCGGUGCAGUGUCCUGUAUGGACUACCUGGCAUCCAUCGGAGCAAAGAGAGGUAGAGAGCUUGAUAAUAAAAAGGCCAUUAAACCAACCAGCAACUCACUGCAUCCUACACAGCCUAGCAAUAAGACCAAACAGGACAAGUCCAGCGUUAGUGGACCAAAGACUGUGAAUCGACCCACCAGCAGAGAUGAGAAACCAGGCAAAGAGGGCGCUAGAGACCGGACAGGAGAUGAUAGUUUGACAUCUCCAAGGAAUGAGUCGUCCAUCAUUGGGAAGAGUCCAUACAUGAAGGCUCCUCAUUCUAGCUAUGAUCAUGCAAAGAAGAGGAAUGAAGAAGAACAGAGAGAAGCGGAAGAGAGGAAGAGUCUGAGGUCCACAUCAGUGGAAAAGAAAAUGGUUGAUUGGGAGAGCUACAUCGAAGAACAUGUCAACUUUUUGGAUGACUUGCUGGAAGUGAAACAUGAGAGGCUUAAAACCGUUCAAACUCAUGCCAUAGAGGAGAAGGAGUCUCUUGUGAAGAAACUGGAAGAGAUCAGAGAAGAGAUGGAAAAGAGAGUGGAGAAGAAAAAUUCAGAAGCUGAGAAGCUUAGGGAAGAGAAGAGAGAACAGCAUGCAGAGGAGAAGAGACUUAUGGAUGAACGAUGGAAGAAAAUACAACAACAUUAUUCAAACAUUGAUAACAAAGUGGGUCAUCAAAUGACGAUCCAUCGCCAAGCAACACAGUCAAUGGACAGUAAAAUGGCUAAGAUAGAGCAGAAGAGAGUAAGGAGAGAAAAGACUGAUAUGGAAUUAGCCCAAAGGAGAUCACGUUCCAGGAAUUCUAACCCUGAAGAUAAUUUAAGAAUUCAGAAGCAUGUGGACUGGUUAAAACAAAAGAACAAGGACUACUUUGAGAAGAAGAAUGCUGUAAAAGUACAAGGACACAUCAAAGUUGACAGUGCAGUUCUCAAUGCUCACCUCAAAAGAACCUCCAGUCCUAAGUGUCCCAAGUCUCCAGUGCCAUCUCGAGUAGAUCAUUCUCAUAGGAGAAGGUCCCCUUCACCACCUCAUGAUCGCUUACAGUAUCAACGUCAGGAGCUGGAGAAGCAGAAAAGACUACUGCAGGAGCAUCGAGCCAAGCAGAGACCAGGAACUGUCUCUAGUAGGAGGAGUGCAUCCUCAACAUCGUCGACCAAACAGUCUACAUCAUCACCUCAUCCUCCUACAAGCUCCUCAAAGGGACCAAGGAGGCAGGAUGGAGGCGGUGCUGAAGGGAAAGAGAGCAGGAAGCCUUCCGGUCCUGAUGCAAUAGGUCCAACCAGUCAUCACCUAGCCCAACUCAGGCGUAGCCAUGGAGACGGCCUCAACAAAAAGCUCUGGCCAAAGUCAUGGGAACUUCAUGAUAAAAGGGGCAAGCCAAAUGAUGAGGCAGAAGAGAUAUUCGAUCUCAAAAAACACUUCUCACCCAGAUGGGAUGGACAGCUAAGACCCAGACACCUCCUCCAAUUCAGAUCAUUAGGUGCCUCCAGACAAGAAGGGCAGACAGAAGCAUGAUCAAAAGAGACAAAGAAAUAACAAUCAGUCAAUGUGUAAAAUUAAACAGUAAUGGCCGCAGAGAGAAACAAAAAAAUGUUGUACAAUGUACAUCCCGAGAUAACACAGUUUUGCAGCUUUUUGAAGGAAAAAAAAAUCAUUACGGAUACCAUCAAGUGCACGCUUCAGCAACAUCCAUCCCCACUCACAGAGAAAGAGGGGGAGGUGGGUGUUCAUGUAUUCACACUCAUCAGGAGUAGAUCCAGAGGAGCCAUGAACAUUUCAGUCAGAAAUUUAAUCAAAAUUUCAAUAAAACUUGAGCCCUUUAUCUGCACCUCCAGGAUCCAGCAGGAUGUCGAAGUCCAGGACAAUCCCUGCCUUCAUUGCCUAUAUGCUUUAGUAAAAAAAAGAGAAGAAGAUAGUACUGAAUUAUGGGCUAGAUCUAACCCAUCAAAAAUAUAGCCUGUUAUAACUUAUGAUGUGGAUGAUACUCCGUUGCCCAAAACUUAAUUCAUUUUCUUUCUUUUAGUCUGGUUUAUCUAUGUAUCCUUUAAUCAGUGAUAAAUAGUAUUACAUGCCAAAUUUAUCAUGCUUCAGACUUAUUACACCUUGCCUUUUUUUUUAUAUACAAUCUUGAUUUAUAACGAUGCUUUAUUUAUCUUUUUUAUAUCAUUUUCCAUAGAGUCAUAUACACCCUCUAGGAAAAUUGCUUAUAUGUACAUUUAAUUCACUAUUUUUGGAUUUUGCAUUAAUCAGUAUUGGAUUCGAUAUUUUCUAGAUACAUGCCUCGAGUCAGAGAAAA